AGUUUUUACAAGCUUGAAAUGCUUUAUUGUCUGUGCACCGCCUGUAAUACCAAUUAGUGGGAAAAAACUCCAUGAAGAUUUCGAUAGAAGGAAUUCAGAAAACUCGCCUAAUAGUUUUUCUUUAUUAAUGUCAAACGAUAUUGCAAUCCGCGUUGAAUUAUUAUUAUUUUGAAAAUCACAAGCAGAAAUAUUAAAAUGGGAUUAUUCAUGUUUUAUUUCAUAAUUUCCUAAUAUCAUAGAGAGUUACUGUACGACUAAUAAAACGUUUAGAGACAAUUAUGAUUGGAUUUACUUUCUGACUUAAUCGCGUGUAUAAAAAUUUAUAAUAACACUUGGAUCAUGAAGAUGAAAGAAGAAUGUAAAAAAAGUUCGGAGAAUUGUUAGCGGGUUUCUUUUUGAUAUUGACAUUUGUGGUUUGAUCGUAUUCAAGAAGUAUAGGACGUUCUUUUGAGCACUUCUGGUAUACAUCAGAAUCAAUUAAACUGUAUAUCGACAGUAACUUAACUAUUGGUGGAAGCAGUGGUGUAAAAAAUACGAUGGGAAAAUUAUUUGUACAAUAGAAUUGUGAAAUCGGUAAAUGAAGAGUGGGUGUCCCCCUCUUAUAUACGUCUAAAUACAGUUUUCUCUACUCUAUAAUUUCCUGUGUUGACAUAUAUAAUUGUACAUUGAAAUUCGAUCAAUUGAUUGAAUUCUUAGAUACGAUAAAAAUAUUAAUAUAAGCAACAAAUUGGACUUAGAUCUUUAAUCGCCUGUGUGAUUUCAGUUCGAUCUGGAGAAAUUAAAGGAUCACUAUCCUAUAACUUCAAUUCCGAUAUUCCCAUCGGUGUGUGUCGCAGGUUUUUGAUAGCCAAUUGUCAAAGUUUUAAGUUAAUUCAAUUUUUUCAUUGUCUGCAUCACGUUUUGGAAUAUGCUCUAGUGGAAUUCCCAUGUGGACUGCAUCGUUUCAGAUAACGCAUAGGUAACGAUCAAAAGCGUUAUUGUACAAUUCUUGUUGCCACGUGCUCGGAAAUAUAAUGUUCUGGGAAUCUGAAUUACUUAAUAAGUUGACUAAUCGAAUAUAAUCGGUCCUAUUGGAGAAAUCAACUUUAGUUAACAGCAAAUAACUAGUAAACUUUACAGAGGAAAUAAGUAACAACUUAUAUUUAAUAAUAAUAAUAAUAUUCAAAGUAUCUUAAUAAAACACGUGUUCAGAGGGGUAUCGAAUGACAAACAAAGAUCAGUGUUUGUGGUAGAAUGUGGCGUUUUGCAGUUUCAAAAAGUAGAUUAUAUAUUUGACUGUAUGAGGAUUUUUGAAGUAAGCAUCGGGGAGUAUGCUACCCCUAAUUCAUUAUGAUAUCACCUGAGAGGAUUAUUUUAUGUGUUUUCCUGAUCUGGUUGACAUUGAGGUGUGCUAAUUGUCUUCCUAAAGAAAUCACUGUGGGAGGUCUGUUUGGUGAGGAAGAAGACGAGAGGAUACAUAACGCUUUUAAACACGCAGUAUAUUGGAUAAACCACGACCAAGAGUUCUUUCGAGACAACCAACUUGUGUUUGACACAAGAAUAUUACAAACUAAGGACCUGUUUAAAUCUACUAAAGAAGUUUGUUUCCAGAUGAAUUUAUCACCGGCAGCUAUAUUUGGACCAAGAUCAGCAGAAAUGUCUUCAUACGCCAAUUCCAUGUGUAGAUACUUACACAUUCCCCAUUUAGAAUACCGAGAGGAACCGACUUACCGCCGUACAGCAAGUUUUUCUAUCAAUCUUCAUCCCAGUCCGGUGGAAUUGGCUAAAGCAUAUCUGGAUGUUAUUAACUAUUAUAAUAUGGACCAUUUACUGAUACUGUACGCAUCUAGCAGUGGGUUAACGAAAAUGCAGGUUAUUAUACAAGAUAUUUCUAAAGAAUCUGGAAAAGCGAUACAUUUACGACAGGUCGGUUCAAAUACCAACAUGAGAGAAUUACUAAUGGAGGCAAAGAGAAAGCAAUGGACCAAUAUCUUAGCCGAUCUAAAUGCAUCGCAGACAUCUUUAUUACUGAAAAUGGCUCUUCAACAAGGAAUGAUAAAUCCAUAUCAUCAUUAUGUUUUAACAACAUUGGACAUAGCUACUUUGAAUUUAGAUGACUACAAAUAUAACCAUGUAAAUAUCACAGGAUUCCGAUUGGUAGAUCCAAAGAACAAGUUUGUCAAACUAAUUACAGAUGAUAUGUAUAUUUACCAGAUGAACACACGCCUGCCACUGUUGAGUAUGGAAAACCAUAACACAAUACCGUAUGAGUCGGCACUUUUAUUUGAUGCAGUCCUGUUAUUUGCUAAAUCACUGGAAGAACAAGCUAAAUAUCACAUUAUAAGACCGGUGAAUGUAUCAUGUGAAGGAGAUGAUGUAUGGAGAUCAGGAUUAGACCUAUUUAACUACCUAAAUACGGUUAAAAUAUCAGGACUGACAGGUGACUUGUUGCUGCAACACGGAAGACGAUUACUGUUUAAUCUAGACAUUGUACAAUUGAUGAAAGACGGACUCGAAAAAACAGGUACAUGGAGUUUAGACAAAGGACUGAAUAUAAGUUCUGAACAAAGAUAUAUCUUACUCGGAAACAAGACGUUAGUUGUUUCUACCAACCUUAAAAAGCCUUUAAUCGUGAGCACUGCCCUAGAAGCACCUUAUGUGAUGAUAAAAGAAACAGCUGAAAGUAAACAGCUGAAAGGAAAUGACAGGUAUGAAGGAUUCUGUGUUGAUCUGUUGAAAUCAAUUGCAAAAUAUGUUGGAUUUGAUUAUGAAAUAAGAGUUGUUCCCGACGAAUUAUAUGGUGCUUACAAUUCAAAAACAGAAGAAUGGAACGGUAUAAUUAAAGAAUUAAUAGAAAAGAGAGCAGAUAUGUCCAUGGCUGCAUUGACUAUAAAUUACGAACGUGAACAAUAUAUCGAUUUUUCCAAACCAUUCCUCAAUCUCGGAAUCAGUAUAUUGUUUAGAAUGCCAAAGAAAGAGAAACCCGGAUUAUUCUCUUUUCUAAAUCCUCUCGCAAUGGAAAUAUGGAUUUAUUUAAUAGCAGCGUAUAUGACUGUUAGUUUUAGUAUAUUCGUGCUGGCACGAUUUAGUCCCUAUGAAUGGUAUAACCCACACCCAUGCAUUCCAGAAACAGACUCUGUGGAGAAUACGUUCAACUUAUCAAACAGUUUUUGGUUCGCCAUUGGAACAUUAAUGCAGCAAGGAUCGGAUGUAAAUCCGAGAGCCGUGUCUACCAGAAUAGUCGGCUCAACUUGGUGGUUCUUUACUCUUAUAAUUAUAUCAUCCUAUACUGCUAAUUUAGCAGCAUUUCUAACUAUAGAAAGACUAGUGUCGCCUAUAGAAAGUGCAGAAGAUUUAGCAAAACAAACUGAAAUAGAAUAUGGAACACGCGAAAGUGGAACAACCAUGUCCUUUUUUAAGAAUUCACAAUUUGAAAUUUAUCAACGAAUGUGGAAUUAUAUGAAAGGCCAUGAGAAAACAGUGAUGAUGAAAUCUGGAACCGAUGGUAUUGAACGUGUUAAAAAGGGUGGAUAUGCAUUCUUUAUGGAGUCUACAGGAAUUGACUAUAUCACAAAACAAGACUGUAGAUUAAUGCAAGUGGGAGGUCUACUCGAUUCCAAAGGUUUUGGGAUGGCCACCCCUAUGGGUUCACCGCUCAGAGACAAGCUGUCAAUGGCCAUUUUACACUUCCAAGAAGAGGGUUUAAUACAAUCACUAUACGAAAAAUGGUGGAAAGGGUCGGAAAAUUGCGAUGCCGACAGUGGUCCUGCAGCUGGCAAAGCUAGUCCGUUAGGAGUGUAUAAUGUCGGCGGUAUUUUUGUUGUUCUGAUGGGUGGCCUUGUAUUAUCUGUGAUUGUAGGAGUUUGUGAAUUUGUUGUCAAAUCAAGAAAGAAUGCUAGAGAAGACAGGGAAUCUGUUUGUUCAGAAAUGGCGAAAGAGCUUAGAUUUGCAGUACGAUGUCAUGGUUCAUCAAAGAAAAUCAACAAAUCUUUGUGCAACAAAUGUAAUGACAGACAUGCGCGCUCAAUUCCAUGUGCACUAGACGAAUCAAUUGACACUCUUCCAAAUGGUGUGAUUCGAUUACACGAUAUGAGAAAAUCACCAUAUCAUUCUCGAAAAGAAUUGAAUAACCGGUAUAAAGACAGUGGUUACUUACAUGUAGAUUAUAGUGACACAGAUACAAUGUAAACUUGCAUGUUUUUACAUUAAGUUCGUAUAGGUGAAGUACGGUCAUUUACAUGUAAUAUAAACUGUUUAUUUUUUUGAAUUAUAGUAAAGUUAUAUUUAUCGAGCGCAUGUCAAUAUUUCAUUUAUUUCAUAAUUUAUACAAAUUCACUUCUACGUUUUCUGUGUGAAUAUUCCAUAAACGUACGUGGCGUUUUUAAGUAGACAGAGGUUUUGAUUUCUUUUCAGCUGGCCUGAGAUACAACCAAAAAGAUUGUUGUGUUUUUCAAUACCUUUAUAAUGCGUUCGAUUUAUUGUUCGUAAAUUAGCCUUUAAUGUAUGUAUAUAUCGCUUCACAAUUCCCGAUUGUGUUUUUCGGAAGUCCUCUAAUUGUAAGUUAACGUAGUGUGGACAACACAUUUAAAAUCUGGCACAAUAUGAAUAAAAGAAAAAAUAUCGAAGGAAAAAUAUCAUUAGUCGACUAAAAUACUUAAGUUAUAUUAUCUAAGUGCCUUUUACUAUGUUUUCCAUACAAUUGCGGGUAUGUGUAUUGUCCGCUUGCUCGUAGUUUGUACAACGACAUGUAUUUUAUCAAAUUGUGAUUUUUAAUGAUUAUCAAUGUUGUCAGAUUUAAUCACAGAAAUGUUGUGUGGUUAAAUAUUCACCAAUACGUCGGACGUAUUUAUCGCCAGUGUACCUAACUUUCUAAUGAAAGAAUCAGUUCUUCAAGCGGUCAUCUUUUAAUUUCAUAUUUGUCUUCAGGAAGAAUUUUUUCCUUUCCGUGCAAAACGUUAAAUGUUCAGUAGAACGUCCAUUCCACAAAACAUGUAUAAGAAAGAUAAUCCAUAAAUGUCAUAUCAUAUUAUAUAAGAGGGUCUGGAUGUGGUUUACAGAAUAGAGAAUAAUGGGCAAACAGUGCAGUAUACAGGAUAAAAAAUAUAGAAAAGAGAAAAAUAGGCCAAUAAAAUAAAGAAUAGAGAAAAACAGGCAAAAUUUAUAUAGAAUAGGGAAAAAUGGCUUAAAGUAUACAGAAUUGAAGGACCCCACAUCCAGACCCUCAUAUAAACCAUUGUCUCAUACAUAAAACAGAAUACUAACAUCUAGUAUUUAAAAUUUAAGCAAUUGAUAUUUUUCAUAUUUAUACAAUACAUGAAUCAAUGAAUGUCUGUUUUAGGUUAAAUAAUUGGCACUUUAUUUAAUUUCUUUGUUUUUUAUAUGAUAGAAUUGUUAUUAUUUUGACUUACUUGUGUACAUUAUGUUCAAAUAACGAGUUAUGCACUUAUAAGCUGUUGUUUUGUUCGAUAAGCAAAAUCGAGAGAGCAUGCAUACAUAAUUGUAAGAUAUCCAUUAACUCUCAUUAUUCCUCCAAAAAUGAUUUGAUUUCUGUUUAAUCUUCAUCAGAUUAAUUGCAGCACGUUGGGUCAUUAUAAGCCCUUCUUAUUAGAGAAAUAUUAUUGUGUACCAAAGUCCGUUAGUCUAUCAGUCUCUAUAUAACAAUUCUUACAAUAACUCGAAUUUUCUGUAAACAAUUCUUAUGAAUUUUAAUCCAACAUUAGGAUUGAUGGAAAAAGUCCUCUUUUGAUUUUGAAAAUUUUUAGUCGUUCGUUCAUUAUAUAUAAAAUUAAAGGUAAUUUUUAAAAAAUCGAACACUUACUCGAGUAUAUGUAUUUUAAUUUACCUAAAAGUGUACACUUUUAUUAGGAUUAAAAAAAGAAAGUUCUUUUUCCGAUAUUUAUUUUUUUUCAUUUGUUGUUCCAGAGUUAUUGGACUUUUAACUGUCAGAUUCAAUGCAAUUUCUCACAUAUCGCACACUUACUUAAAGAGUAUACUUAGAUUUAUUAACUCAAAACUUUAAACUGCUAUUUGGAUUGAUCAAGGGAAACUCCCUUUUAAUUUUAAAACUCUUCUGAAUUGUCUUUCCAUAGUAACAGGAUUUUAACUGUCUCAAAUUUAAGUUAAUUUUCCACAUUUCGUACACUAACUUGAGAAUGCUAGGAUAGAUUUAAUUGCAACUUUACACAAUUGUUGGAAUUGGUAAAAGUAAGGUACUUUUUGAUUGUUGAGAUUGGUGAAUGAAGACCCACUUUGGAUUUGGAAAUUUUCUGGUCUGAUGUUAAAGAGUUAUGGGACUUUAAACAGUCAUAGUUUUAGGCAAUAUUUAUACACCUAAUGAUAUCCUAAAGCAACGUUUUCUACAGGGCCAUUUUAAUAGCUUCUGAUUAAAUACCUCCUUUAUAUUUAUAUUUUCAUUACAACAAUUUCAAUAUGCAAAAAUGGCGUAUUAUGCGCUCUUUGUGAAGAUGUUUAUUUUGUAACGUUCUAUCAGUUUUCCUUUUCUUUAUAUUCUAACAAAACAUAUUUUAUGUUUGGAAGUAACUUGUAUUCUGUGUGUUAUCAGUUAGAUAAUCAUAUGAUACAAAACGCAAAAAGUUUACCUUUAUUCAUGUUACCUGAGGAAAAAGAAAAUUUGAAAGAUUUUCGUCAGUUCCUGAAUUAUGCACAGAAAUUGAAGUGAUACAGUAUGAUAUAGCUGUUUUUGAGCUACAUGUAUAUCAAAAAAUUAAGCAGUGAAUUAGUAAGAUUGUUGAAAUCUGUAUGAAUGUUAAUUCGAAACUUUGUUUAAAAUGCUGACUAUCUGAAAUAUUACAAUAAAUGUUAUUUUAUA